AUUAUGGAUACUGCCUAGGAUCUUCCUUGAUUCUGAAUCGAAGUUUUAAAGUUUCUAGAUGAAGAUGCUAUCAGAGUUGUCAUUUUUUGAUUUUACUAAAUGGAAGGUUUCAACAAUGCAAAAGCAAAUUUUCUACAUCAGUGGGAUUUUCCCUUUACGAUAUUGACUGACUCUAUGUUCUCCCUCGUGGGUUAAUAAAAUAAUAGGGGGAACAGCCACAUUGCCCACGAGGCUUGCUCCUACGCAUCAUAUAAAUAGAAACGGUGAGGAGGCGCAAUCCCCUUUCCGAACGUUCGCACGUGUUCAUCUGGCACCAGUAAAAACUUUCACUUUGGGGGGAUAUAUUGUUAUUUUGCAAGAUGUGAGUAUCAAAUCUAUGUACUUUGUGUAAAUAAACGACACUCAAGAUUGUAACUCCAGCAAGAAUGGCUGAAUUUUCAGGUGUUGACAAGGAAGCACAGAGAAGAGAAAUCCACGAAGCAACCAGUACUCACUUGUCAGACUGGGAUCCUAUGACUGAUGCAUUCCAGGGAAAGGCAUUCAACAACUACUUUGAGCCAAAGUAUGAUUCCAACUUUCGUGAAAAAUACACAGUAGCUGAAGGUUCCCGAGCUUUGCACCAGUCGGUCUCUCCAUCCAAAGCUGAAAGCAAUAAAGUAAAUUUGUACAUUGGUAAUAUACCAUUGACUCUUUCAAGGGACGGCCUAAAGAGUUUGCUAUCAAGAGCUGCUCAAGUUAACUCACUUUCUAUUCUACCAUCAAAGGACCCAGAGAGAGGAACAACAUAUGGGUUUGCAUCUGUCAGCUCUGCCAAAGAUGCUGAAAGUGUAAUUGAGGCAUUCCAUAAUUACUCGUUUGGCACCCGGCAUAGACUGCGAGUUAAGCUUGCUAUGUCAGAUGAGGAAAGAGAAAGACAGAGAGAAAGACAAAGAGAAGACGAAGAGUUUUACAGAAAUCUUUGCAAGGAAUAUAGCGAAAAUCUAGAAGCAAACACUGAUAAUAGCAUUAGUUCGAUUGCAGCAGAAGAUUAUCCGGAAAAACAAGGCCAACCAAAUAGUAAAGAAGUCAAGUGUUCGACCAACGGAGAAUCUGUAUUACCUAUUGCGAUGGGCAGUUCAACGGGCAAUAAAAAAACAAGACUGUGUUUGGCUUGUAACAAGGAAGGAAAACUUGCAUGCAUGCGUUGCAAGGGCUGCUACUGCAGUAUGGAUUGCCAAACCAAGCACUGGCCGAAGCACCGAACAGAUUGCCUUGGGACAAAUAGGUCGCCAAAAAAGCCACAUGGGCACUUGAAUGGGACAAGUACAUCCAAUCAGGGCAAACCUGAAGAGCAUCUAUGUGAAGAGCAAUUGCUUGUCCAACUUGAUGAUCUUGAGCUUGAAGAGCAUGCUAUUUUCAAUAUUGAUGAAAUCCCUCCUCAAAAAGAGUUGCCGAAAGAGACACAAGUUGUAAUCUAUGUCGUAGAAAAUUUAACCAUGAAAGGUCAGGCUGUGAGCCGAGAAAACACUGAGGAAUUUCUGGAGCUGACAGAAAGGUUAUCUGAACAUGUUAAGGGCUCUCCUCAGAUCCUAACUGAACAUGAUUGCAGAGAGGGUAUACUUGUUCUCUUUAACUAUCAAAAUGAAACCUGCCGUGGUGUUAUUACCAAAGUCAAAAAGGCAACUUUAGAAGUCGAAGUGCUUGCUGUUGACUAUGGUAAUAAAACAACAUUGAAUAUCUCAGAUGUUUACCUGAUGCCUCGUUUUGGAGUAGAUCUGCCAAGACAAUGCAGAACACUAGUUCUACAUGCUUUCCCCAAAGAUUUCGAUAAAGCUACUGGAGAAAAAUUAUCAAGCCACUUGAAAGAACUGGUUUUCGAGAAAGUGAUGCUCUGUCAAGUCAAAGACGUUAAAAAAGGUGUUUGUCACGUUGUUUUGAAAGACAGAAAUACCGGAUCCUACAUUAAUAGCCAAAUGAGUGAAUUGUUAGAAAGCCUGACUGAUCAAAGCAGUGAAAAGAUAAUGCUUGAAAAUAUUUCUAUGCAGCCAAUUCCAACUGAAUGUAAAUUUGAUAUUUUGGUAACUGAUGUGGUCUCACCGUCAUGCUUUUAUGCCCAGAUUAUAACCGAGGACAGAUCAAAUAUCAAGGCUUUAGCAGAAAUGAGCAACUUGCUUUCGAAGUUCGCUGAAGGCAACACGGCCUUUUCUUUCAAACCGGAGAUCAACGAACUCUGCAUUGCCUAUUUUGCAGAUGACGCGGCUUGGUCAAGAGCUGUGGUCACCAAAAAGAAUGAGGAUGGAACAUACCAAAUUAUGUAUAUAGACUACGGAAAUCAUUUAGAAAUAGAUCCGUGCUUCUUACGACCAAUUACAAAAGAUUUGUCAAGACUUCCAAUGCAGGCCCGAAAAUUCUCUCUUCAUGGUAUCCAGCCAGCAUCAUCAUUAAGUGGCCCUUGGACCAAUCAAGAGAAGACAUUCUGUAAAGAAACCCUUUUGAUGAAUGCCCUAUGCUCUGUAGAUGUUAUCACAAAAGAUGAAACCUGUGCUGUCAAAGUUUAUCUUCCGGAAAUUGACUACUAUCUUGAUCAGUUAAUGAUAGACAAUGGAUUUGCCGUGGCUACUAAUAGAGCGUCAUCAAAGCUACUAGCCACAAAUGGAGAAAAGCAGCCUAGCAACAGUCUUGAAAACCAAGUAACUAGAACUCCAGUCGAACCAAUUUUUACUAUCGACAUUGAAAAGCUAAAGGCUAAAGAAACACAAAGAGUUAUUCCAGUUCAUGUAGAAUCUCCUGAAGAAAUAUAUGUACAAAUUGCUGAUGCUGAAAAGAUUGGAAAAGUAAACGAAUUCUCAGCUCUACUUGCCGAUAUGCAGCCAGUCCCUUACAUGACCCCAAGGGUAGACGACUCUUGCUGUGCUCUUUUUACCGAUGAAACUUGGUACAGAGCAAAAGUACUUUCUGUUAAUGGUGACAUUUGUCGUGUUUUCUUUUAUGAUUAUGGAAACACGUUCGAAGCAACAAAAGACAGGCUUAGAAUGAUGCCAAAUGAACUGAAGUCACUACCUGGUCAAGCUAUACGUGUGACAUUAUGUGACAUUGAGCCAGCAGGCGCUAAUUGGACUGAGAAUGCAAAGGCAUUUUUGGAAGAGAGGAUUGUUUUCCAGCCAUGCAUGUUUGACGUUUUGAGAACUGAGAACGAGAGAACCUUUGGAAAGAUGAUCUGUGAAGAGAUUGGUGAAGAUGUAGGGAAACUCUUAGUUGAUGCUAAGCUUGCUGCUGUUUCUGGCACAAAGCAAGGUAGUCCUUCUGUAACUAAGGCAAAAGAAAGUUCUAUUCAGGCCAACACUAGCAGCCGAAGUGAAAAUCAAGCAGCUAGGCUACAGGUCAGGGAACCAUUUACCAUCAACAUUGAAAAGCUAAAGGCAAAAGAAACACAAAGAGUUAUUCCAGUUCAUGUAGAAUCUCCUGAAGAAAUAUAUGUACAAAUUGCUGAUGCUGAAAAGAUUGGAAAAGUAAACGAAUUUUCAGCUCUAUUUGCCAAUAUGCAGCCAGUCCCUUACAUGACCCCAAGGGUAGACGACUCUUGCUGUGCUCUUUUUACCGAUGAAACUUGUUACAGAGCAAAAGUACUUUCUGUUAACGGUGACAUUUGCCGUGUUUUCUUUUAUGAUUAUGGAAACACGUUCGAAACAACAAAAGACAGGCUUAGAAUGAUGCCAAAUGAACUGAAGUCACUACCUGGUCAAGCUAUACGUGUGACAUUACGUGACAUUGAGCCAGCAGGCGCUAAUUGGCCUGAGAAUGCAAAGGCAUUUUUGGAAAAGAGGAUUGUUUUCCAGCCUUGCAUGUUUGACGUUUUGAAAACUGAGAACGAGAGAACCUUUGGAAAGAUGAUCUGUGAAGAGAUUGGUGAAGAUGUAGGGAAACUCUUAGUUGAUGCUAAGCUUGCUGCUGUUUCUGGCACAAAGCAAGGUAGUCCUUCUGUAACUAAGGCAAAAGAAAGUUUUAUUCAGGCCAACACUAGCAGCCGAAGUGAAAAUCAAGCAGCUAGGCUACAGGUCAAGGCACCAUUUACCAUCGACAUUGAAAAGCUAAAGGCAAAAGAAACACAAAGAGUUAUUCCAGUUCACGUAGAAUCUCCUGAAGAAAUAUAUGUACAAGUUGCUGAUGCUGAAAAGAUUGGAAAAGUAAACGAAUUCUCAGCUCUACUUGCCGAUAUCCAGCCAGUCCCUUACAUGACCCCAAGGGUAGACGACUCUUGCUGUGCUCUUUUUACCGAUGAAACUUGGUACAGAGCAAAAGUACUUUCUGUUAAUGGUGACAUCUGUCGUGUUUUCUUUUAUGAUUAUGGAAACACGUUCGAAACAGCAAAAGACAGGCUUAGAGUGAUGCCAAAUGAACAGAAGUCACUACCUGGUCAAGCUAUACGUGUGACAUUGUGUGACAUUGAGCCAGCAGGCGCUAAUUGGACAGAGAAUGCAAAGGCAUUUUUGGAAGAGAGGAUUGUUUUCCAACCAUGCAUGUUUGACGUUCUGAGAACUGAGAACGAGAGAACCUUUGGAAAGAUGAUCUGUGAAGAGAUUGGUGAAGAUGUAGGGAAACUCUUAGUUGAUGCUAAGCUUGCUGCUGUUUCUGGCACAAAGCAAGGAAGUCCUUCUGUAACUAAGGCAAAAGAAAGUUCUAUUCAGGCCAACACUAGCAGCCGAAGUGAAAAUCAAGCAGCUAGGCUACAGGUCAAGGAACCAUUUACCAUCGACAUUGAAAAGCUUAAGGCAAAAGAAACACAAAGAGUUAUUCCAGUUCACGUAGAAUCUCCUGAAGAAAUAUAUGUACAAAUUGCUGAUGCUGAAAAGAUUGGAAAAGUAAACGAAUUCUCAGCUCUACUUGCCGAUAUCCAGCCAGUCCCUUACAUGACCCCAAGGGUAGACGACUCUUGCUGUGCUCUUUUUACCGAUGAAACUUGGUACAGAGCAAAAGUACUUUCUGUUAAUGGUGACAUUUGUCGUGUUUCCUUUUAUGAUUAUGGAAACACGUUCGAAACAACAAAAGACAGGCUUAGAGUGAUGCCAAAUGAACUGAAGUCACUACCUGGUCAAGCUAUACGUGUGACAUUGUGUGACAUUGAGCCAGCAGGCGCUAAUUGGACUGAGAAUGCAAAGGCAUUUUUGGAAGAGAGGAUUGUUUUCCAACCAUGCAUGUUUGACGUUUUGAGAACUGAGAACGAGAGAACCUUUGGAAAGAUGAUCUUUGAAGAGAUUGGUGAAGAUGUAGGGAAACUCUUAGUUGAUGCUAAGCUUGCUGCUGUUUCUGGCACAAAGCAAGGUAGUCCUUCUGUAACUAAGGCAAAAGAAAGUUCUAUUCAGGCCAACACUAGCAGCCGAAGUGAAAAUCAAGCAGCUAGGCUACAGGUCAGGGAACCAUUUACCAUCGACAUUGAAAAGUUAAAGGCAAAAGAAACACAAAGAGUUAUUCCAGUUCACGUAGAAUCUCCUGAAGAAAUAUAUGUACAAAUUGCUGAUGCUGAAAAGAUUGGAAAAGUAAACGAAUUCUCAGCUCUACUUGCCGAUAUGCAGCCAAUCCCUUACAUGACCCCAAGGGUAGACGACUCUUGCUGUGCUCUUUUUACCGAUGAAACUUGGUACAGAGCAAAAGUACUUUCUGUUAACGGUGACAUCUGUCGUGUUUUCUUUUAUGAUUAUGGAAACACGUUCGAAACAACAAAAGACAGGCUUAGAAUGAUGCCAAAUCAACUGAAGUCACUACCUGGUCAAGCUAUACGUGUGACAUUAUGUGACAUUGAGCCAGCAGGCGCUCCUUUGGCUAAGAAUGCAAAGGCAUUUUUGGAAGAGAGGAUUGUUUUCCAGCCAUGCAUGUUUGACGUUUUGAGAACUGAGAACGAGAGAACCUUUGGAAAGAUGAUCUGUGAAGAGAUUGGUGAAGAUGUAGGGAAACUCUUAGUUGAUGCUAAGCUUGCUGCUGUUUCUGGCACAAAGCAAGGUAGUCCUUCUGUCACUAAGGCAAAAGAAAGUUCUAUUCAGGCCAACACUAGCAGCCGAAGUGAAAAUCAAGCAGCUAGGCUACAGGUCAAGGAACCAUAUACCAUCGACAUUGAAAAGUUAAAGGCAAAAGAAACACAAAGAGUUAUUCCAGUUCACGUAGAAUCUCCUGAAGAAAUAUAUGUACAAAUUGCUGAUGCUGAAAAGAUUGGAAAAGUAAACGAAUUCUCAGCUCUACUUGCCGAUAUGCAGCCAAUCCCUUACAUGACCCCAAGGGUAGACGACUCUUGCUGUGCUCUUUUUACCGAUGAAACUUGGUACAGAGCAAAAGUACUUUCUGUUAAUGGUGACAUCUGUCGUGUUUUCUUUUAUGAUUAUGGAAACACGUUCGAAACAGCAAAAGACAGGCUUAGAGUGAUGCCAAAUGAACUGAAGUCACUACCUGGUCAAGCUAUACGUGUGACAUUAUGUGACAUUGAGCCAGCAGGCGCUACAUGGGCUAAGAAUGCAAAGGCAUUUUUGGAAGAGAGGAUUGUUUUCCAGCCAUGCAUGUUUGACGUUUUGAAAACUGAGAACGAGAGAACCUUUGGAAAGAUGAUCUGUGAAGAGAUUGGUGAAGAUGUAGGGAAACUCUUAGUUGAUGCUAAGCUUGCCUUUAAUUCAUGCAAAGAGGGCGCUAAGUAUUCGAAUGAAGUAAGAAAGCAAGAUGGUAAAUCUGCGGAUGAAGUAUCUUCAAAAGAAGCUAAUUCGAGCAGCAAUGACCUUGGGCACUGUCCAAGCACUAAAGCCUAUGUUCCAGUUUUCUCUAAGCAUAAUGGUGCUGGAACAAACGAUUCUGAGGGAUUUCCAUCAGUUUGCUCGAAAGAUGUAGAAAAAAAAGAAAGUGACUUUAGUGGAGAUGUAGUUGAUGGUAAAAUGUCAUCUAGUAGAUACAAAAAUUCUCAUUACCAUUCGUCUGGACUCAAGCCAAGAAGUAAGAGCUGUAGCAACUCAGAAAAUGAAGAUUCUCAAAAGAAUGGAUUUGCAAAUGAUCAGAGUGGAAGUAAAUGGAACAGUGGUUCAAACCACCAAAAGUUUGCAGGAAGAGGAUAUUUUAGAGGGGCAGGCAGAGGAGCAAGCAGAGGUGCAAGCAGAGGAGGAAGCAGAGGACCUGGUUUUAUGCAGAACAAUGGAUUUCCUGAAGCUUUUCCUCCACCAGCCUUUAUGGAGCAGAUGUCCAAUUUUUUUGAAAAUGCAGGAAAUCUGCCAUUUGACCCUCAAUUGCUGCAAUACUACAGUCCUUUCUUGUUUCCAUUCAAUCCCUAUAUGUUCUCAAAUCAAGCAAAUAAUGCUAAUUUACAUGGUGGUGAUAAUCGUUUUGCCAGUAAUGGUAGCGUUAAUGGCUUUGGCAAUUUAAAUGGAGCUCGUGGUAAAGGAGUUUGUAACCAAAGAGGUCGUACCAGGGGAAGAGGUCGUGAUAUUAAUGUGGAAUUUCACCAAAGGGAAUCGUCUUCUUCAAGUAAUGACGAAUUAGAACAGAAUGAAAAUGGAAAUUUGAGAGGGAGGGUUUCUCGUGGAAGAGGGGGAAUGCCUCAUGGAAAAGGGGGAAUGCCUUAUGGUAGAGGAGGAAUGCCUUAUGGUAGAGGAGGAAUGCCUUAUGGAAGAGGAGGAAUGCCUUUUGGUCGAGGAAGUCACAAUUUCAGAGGGAAUCAUAGCGCGCCAAAUAAUAAUGUGCCUAGAGGUGGCAUAAACGGUUUCACACGAGGAAGUUAUAACAAACGCAAGAGGUUUCCACAGGAGAAAACUUUGCCAUCUUUGUUCAGUGGUGUCGAGAUCGAAUGCAAAAUCUCAUGUCUAGAGGAUUUAUGGCAUUUCUAUAUCAUGUUAGAUGCCGGAGAAGAGAAUACAAAUUUAUCAAGCGUUGUGUACGAGGAUGGCGAAAAAUUGGAAUUAGUCAACGAAGGGAUGCUAUGUGCUGCCAAGAAUCCUGUGGAAGACUCAUACUUUCGUGCAAUCAUUGAGAGCGUUUACUCCGACACCAAAGUUUUGGUGCGUGAUGCCGACAAAGGACGCACAGAGAUUGCUGAAAAGUCAAAUCUAAGGCGACUCAUUCCAGAAGAUUUCAAGAAGCCAUUUAGAGCCACACGAUGCCGUCUGUUCAAUAUUGUGCCGUUGAUAAGGAACAAGUGGUCAACUGAAGCCAUAAGGUAUUUUGCCUUUAAACUGGACAGCGGCAACAUACCAGUGACAGCAGUUGUACGUGGCGAGACAUCGUCAGGUGAUAUCUUAAUCAACAUCAAAGACCCCGAUGACCCAAACAAAUUCAUUGCUGAUGAUAUUGUCAACAAAGGCUUUGCACGCUACUUGCGUCCAGAUCGACGUCAAGCCAAUUCUGAAUCAGCUGGUUCUCCUGUCGACGCAAAAUGAGAAGAAGAGAACUAGUAAGCUAAUAUGAUUUUAUUAAAUUCGUAAAGAUUUACAUUUGAUAUUUUGAUUGGCGAAUUGAGCCUCAUUAGAUCAUCUCAUACACGCCUUUGGUUUUAAAAUUGCGUUCUAACAUAAAUGUAGCGAGUAUGUACACUUGUGGGAUGUCAUGAAGCGAUGGGUACUGUGGGAUGUGGGAGAACCCAUAUUGAUGAAAUAAGUAGCAGAUUGUGAAUGUGUUCAGGUUAAAUUCCUUAUUGUACAGCCAAAGAUUCCUGAGCAUUAGAAGUAUUUAGAUGUGCAUUUUUGGGCCUAUUCUUGCGUAGGGUUCUUUAGGGGUGAGGCUGUGUUUAAAGGCUUGUUAUCAACUCUCUUAUGCAUAUGCUAUAGCAGAGGCACUGUAAGUGGUCAUCAUAAGAAGGCAGAAGUCUGCUUUCAGAGGCUAUGUUAAUAGUAAUGGGUCGAUAGGAACAUUAGGAAAUCAGUUUAAACGUCUCAAAAACGGAUUCUUUUUGCUUUCAAAAUUUUUGUCUAUUUGGCUUUGAAACACUUCGAAAACCAUUCUUUUCACGAAGAAAAUCUCUUUUCUCUUUCUUCUCUGUAUUUUGUUUUUGUGCUGGAAAAUACGAUGUGAAUCUCUUUUAUUAGAUGUUAAUUUAUCUCUCUUAACGAGCCGUACACGACAUGCAGUUGCUGUAGGUUUUUGGUACUUUUUAUAGAAGUGAAAUCAGAAGUGAAACUAGAAGGAUUCUUUUCCUUGGACGUCUUUGCUAUCAAAUUGGGAUGAAUUAUAUACAGUGCCAAUUUUUAUGGUUCCACUAUUGUGCCAAAUAUGAUAAUGUAACAGGUUCUUGAUGCUUUUCCAUUUUUGUUUGUUUCCUACCACUGUCAAAAAGGUUCACUCCACAAAUCAUUUUGCUACAUGUAACCAGUAUUUGUGGAAAGCAUCUUCUUUGAAGGGGAACUUCUUUGCCUUUAUUUAACUUUGGAAAUUCUGAUUCACUCAACGAUAUUCUCGUUUUAUUACAAACUGCUCAAUCGGCACUGGAUUUUCUUUUUAAUACGAUUGAUGUUACAUGUAUUAUCAAUCUAAACGAUAUGGCAUUGCAGAGCUAAUCCAAAAAAUAAGUUUUGACCAAUUUCUAUUAACAGUGCAUGCUUUUUUCAGCAUAGAAUGCUUAAUAACCUCUUCGUCGCUUUCAAGUGUAAAAUUAUUUAAGAUUUUGCUAAAGAAACUCUUCACUGAACAAUAUUUUUUGCAAAACAUCCAUCUUUUCUAGCUUAUACAACCUGAGUGGUGUCUUAACCAAGAUUGUCCUUAUUCUUUUCUGAAAGGUUCUUGCAACUGCCUCAUGCUUACCUCGUGCUUACCUCGUGUCUAUCUCAUGCUUAUCUCAUGCUUAUCUCAUGCUCACCUCAUGCUUACCUCAUGCUUACCUCAUGCUUACCUCAUGCUUUACUCAUUUUGCCUAUGUAUCUGAAGGUCAUUUGAUAUCUAGCUUGGCUUCAUUUUUGUUUCUUUCAUCGUUUAGUUAUCAUGUCUUUUGUUUCUUUCAUCGUUUAGUUAUCUGUUUGUUUAUAUUUUGUAUUUUUCUGUUGUCUUUUUUCUUUUCGUGGAAGAAUAUUUGAUUUGGGCGGCGUGUUAAGGACAAAGUAAAAGGGCUGAUAACAUGCAACAGAGUUGACUUAAGCCAAAUGGAGCAGAAGUGCCUCAAACCUUCUCUGGUGUGUAUACAUCCGAAGACCCACUUUAGCUUCAUUGGAGAUUGAUGAGGACCUACAAUACCUUAGUGGAUUAUGAAGAGGGGUUUCUCGGUGGAUACAUUUUAAUAAAGAAUAUUCGAGAUAAAGUGCACUUUGUCGUGAAGAAAAGCCAGCCGUACACAUUUUCUGUUUCUGCGGGAGAGUUUAUUGAUUCAAGUAGUUUCAUAUUAAAAUCCUUGUGCUUCAUUUCCCACCUUGAUUCGUAUCCAAGGAUGCCAGGAAUGUAUCACUGGACAGGGUGCUAGAAAAGAUUUAAGGAAAAGAAGAGACAAGAGAAAGAAUAGAAGAAAAUAUGAAUAGAAGAUAAGAGGUUUAUAUAGGACGACAGUCGUGGUUAUAUUAUGUUGAUUUUAUGCCAACUGUGUUUCCAGUAUAAGUUCUGGUAAUAUUGUUCCUCUAAAAUGAAUAUAUGUUAAUGUCAAAGAUCUGAAAGUUUUUACAGUUCCAAGAUAAGCUCAAUGUUGACAAAAGCUUGGUUCAUGAUCGGUGCAAGAAGUCAUUGACAAAAAAAAUUGCGAAUGCUUAUUAUUGAUGUAUGUGGAUUUGCUUGCCAAGAAAGGCCGGUGACGGCAAUGCAGCCUUUCCGAAGAAUGACGAGUUUUACUCAAAGUGAUAUGCAUGUUUCCUAACCCGAAUGAUUAUGGAACUUUAGUAGAAGUAUGGAAUUAUAUAUUGGAACAUUAUGGAACCCGACCUGUCGGAUUGUAUAUGGAUAGACCUGAACACAGUUGUUUAUGGAUGAAUUUUUCAAGACCUUGUACAAUGAUACUCGUGGGAUAACAGCUAGGAUUGCAAUUAUAAUAUUUGCCAAAUUUAGCAGAUGUCUUCUUCCUUCAGACACAUCCAUUGGACGUAGCGGCCUCAACAGCCCAUCUCUAACCAACUAGAGCAUUCUCUGAUUUUCUAUAAGCAGGUUUCGCAUCUACUUGUAGUCAAACGAUUCUAUGGACAUUCUCUCACGAAAGAACUCUUACGAAGGCCUCUAUGAUCGUGUUUGAUCUUUCGGCCUUCCUCUACCGCAUCUUUACAAACAUUGCCUUCAAGAUUGCUUUUACCACACCACACUUUGACAUUUUCCUUGUUCAAUGCUCCCUGCAACAUUAGAUUCGGCAGUUCCUGAUUAUAGCUCAAUGGCGAUAGCUGACUUAUUGCAGAAAGGAAGGACCUGAUAGACAUCACCAUUCUCGCUUUUGACUUCUAUUCGAUAUCAACAAAAUUACAUCUUUUUUAGCCAAUGCACCAAUACUGCCGCAGGGGCUAGAUGGAGUCAAUUUCGUACAGUUGGAUCACAAGAGAGUUGCAGAAAUCAAAAUUUUGAGCAGAGCAACGUUAGAUAUGCCAGAAAAAGUUCAGUUCUUGUUCAAAUUUCAUAAAGAGUUUAGCACUAAUUGUACAUGUAUAGAUUAAAAAUACCGUUCACUUAGCUUUAAAAGAGCUAUAUGUACUCGAGGAAAAAACGAGUACUCCAUUCUAGUGUUCACGGAAAUCCAGCAUCAACUUACUAUGCAAUAGUAAAAUGAAUCUAGUUUGCUAAUUUAUCAGUGCUUUAACGGCUGAAAAAUCAUUUGUUGGAAUCAGUUUGUUUUUCAGAAAUUUUCCUAAUGGAGGUUAUCACAAUUUCUAUGUGUUCACCGGAGUUGAUUCUUUAAACCGCUGAUAUGGCUGUGCAAUUCGUUUUAUGUAAAGAACUUCAUGUACGGUUCACUAAAUCAACGAAGCAACAUCAGAUCUGAAACAUUGGUUAAAUCCCUAUCAACAGUCACGACUAGAAACAUCCUUCAAAAAGUAAUGUUAAUAAUUUUUUUCAGAGGAUGAGCAGUACAUCUAGGAAACUUUGUGCAUUUGUGGUAUAAACCCUUAAAGGUAUCAUGACAUCAGAACUGGUUUUCAGUUGCAAGGAAAUUCUGACAAGGAAAGAUGUGACACUUCUUUAUUAUACUUGUACCAUUUUCUUAUUAUCUUAGUUUCUUAUUAUUAUCUUAUUAUUCUAGUUUAAUUUAAUCUUAUUCUGUCAUUUACAAGCCGCUGAUAAUUUUCAUUUUCUUCACACAUUACCUGAUCCUAAAGCUUCUGUUCCUCUAUAUUUUUAAUAAUUUAAUUAAAUUUUGAAACCAAAGGUUUUGUUCGUACCAUAACUUUUGUUUAUUCCAUUAUUUUUGCGCCCCAUCUACGCACAGAGACCAUUUUAAAAAGGCAUUUUAUUUGAAAUCCGCUAAUCUCCGAUAUAUCUAAUGACCAUAAACUGAAGCUGUGUUUUCGUUGCCAAGUUUAUAUUGGCAUAUCGGUGAGGCAAUUCUGUUUGCUUGUGGAUUCGAUAAUUAAACUCUGAUACCAACAAACAGUUACGCCCUAUUCGUUCUCGUAAAAAUCUUCAUGGG